AUGACUUCCAGUGCAUAUAUAAAAUUUUGGUAUAAUGAAGAUAUGAAAUGGUUAUUUGUUAUGAGUCAAAACACAGACAUUGGAAAUAAAGAUAGUAAAAGUGAUACACCUUGUGUAUUAGUAAUUAAACCAAGUUAUGACACUAAUACAAAUAAAAUUCAUAUAGAUUUUGAUUUUAUAAAUACUCCAACAUUUAAUUAUAUUCAUAUUGAUGAUACCCACUCAUUUGGACAAGUAAUUGAUACUUCAUAUGAUUUAGAUAAAAAAGUAUUAUAUCUAGUAAUUUCAGCUCCUGAAGCUAUUGUAGAACAUUCAAAUGUUGCAUAUUCUAUGGGUCUUAUUUAUCAUUACACAUAUGAUGAAGAACAAGGAUUUCAAUUUAGAAUGUACUUUGUACCUCCAGUACUACAAAAUCAUUACGGAUUUGGUCGUGGUGUUGCUAUUUAUAAAGAAGAAAAAAUAAGAAGAGUUUUUAUAGUUAAUGCAGUUGAUAAUCAUGUUUAUGAAUCUACAAUUCCUGUAUGUGGAGAUGGUAUUGUUACAACAGAAGUUGGUGAGGAAUGUGAAGAUGGAGAUGGAUGUAAAACAGACAAAUGUUUAUGUAUUGAUAAUUAUGUUGCAACAAAUGGUAAAUGUGAAUUAAAAUGUGAAAGAAAUACAUGUGAUUGUGAUUUAACAAAUCCAUGUAUAUCAUGUAAUGUAGAACAUUUAAAUAUAAGUACAAGAUGUCAAGAAUGUGAUAAUGGAUAUGAAUUAUUAAAUGGAAUUUGUAAAACAGUAUGUGGAAAUAAAAUAAGAAGUUUAGAUGAACAAUGUGAUCAAGUAGAUAAUUGUGAUGAAAAUUGUACGUGUUAUGUUGGAUAUAUUCCAGCAGAUAAUUUAGAAAAUAGAUGUAUUAUUUCAAAGAAAAGUGGAUUAAUUGCAUGGACAGCAAUUCAAGCAAGUAUUGCAAUAAUAGUAAUUGUUGGAGUAUUGUUAUUUAUUUUAAUUAAGUUAUAUAUUAAAACAAGAUCAAGACUAAAUAUUACUGGAAGUGGUGGAAUUAUUAUUUAUGAAUCAGGUUCAACAGCUAAACUUCAACAAUUUGAAGAAAAUGAAGCAGAAAGAUAUCCAUUAUAUUAUAUUAAUAAUUCUCCAUUUAUGUAUUCAUUUUCUAAUGAAAUUAAUUUUUAUCUUGAAGAAGAUUUAGAACAUAUUGUUGAUAAAUUAGAAUUGAAAAAAAAAUAUGUUUUUCAAUUAUUCGUCGGUAAUAAAUCAUUAAACAUUUGUAGUUUUGCUAUUGGUGAUCCUCGUUUAGAUAAAGAUGAUUAUGAUUUAGAAUUUACUCCUGAUAAAGGAAAUAUUAGAGCUGGUGAUAUUAUUUGUAUCUACGGUAAACUUACUCCUUUGAGAGAAUGUGCUGUUAAAGAAAAUUUCACUUUAACUGUAGUUAAUUUAAACACUACAAAAUCCUAUAUUCAAAAUAUCCCUCUUGAAUUUAGUGUUGAAGAUUAA